UUGGGGAAUACGAAAAUGAGGAUGAGGAUGCACUAAGCAAGAGCAAAAGUUCUAACGCGUUUCUUGAGGGCUUUGCGUUGUGAUCAUGUGUGCGCAGGUACCCUGCUCCUGAUCGGGAAGCUGUAAUGUUGCGUGUUGUGAUUACAAAGGUGCGCAGCAACAACAUCACGCGGGCGGCUUAAAGUCACGUCUCCACAGUGUUAAAUACCAGCGCGGCGACCAGUUCAGCUCCAGAAGUGCCGACGACAGGCUAACAGCACGAAUACAAGAAGUCUCCCAUGGCAGAAAACUUCGCAGUUUCGGUUUGCAAUCAACACAUCCAGCUUGUAUUUAUGUUUAGAACAAAUAAGCGAACAAUAAGCGAAAAGAUGGACGGUGAAUUCCCAAGCAUCAAUUAACACGCAGUCAGGCGGCAGCCUCAGAGUCAAAGUUAACUGCGAGGUGAAGCGCUACAGCAGGUUUUGUCGGGAAUUUGGACACCCCUUGUAAAGAGUUCUGAGUUGGGUGGAUUAUACUCGCAGCCUUGUCAUCCCCAACCUUUAACUGAGCCCCACGCUGUUUCAUUUCUGUAGAGGAGCUGCUGGAGAAAAACCCCGGACAGCAUCAACAGUAUGAAAGUACCCACGGCAAGCGCAUCCAGGGUGAAGGGACUGUCUAAAGUUAUGGGCAGCAUUUGAAAUCAAAAAAGAAAUCUUGUGCUGACCGAGAAACUUUGAAACGCAACUGUGUGCCAGAAUGGAUCUUGCCGGAAACUCUGCUUGGGCAGUCAGCCCUGAAGCGUUCAACCAGACCCUGCUCACAAAUAUCUCUAGGAAUGGCACAAUUCAGUCUGUGCCUUUAGAUGGCAUUAGCACAGUCCUGAUCCCUGUCAUCUACUUGACAGUGUUCACCAUCGGACUCACCGGGAACACGUUGGCCAUUUAUGUGGUCCUUCGGUACACUAAGAUGAAGACUGUCACCAACAUUUACAUUCUCAACCUGGCUGUGGCCGACGAGCUCUUCAUGCUGGGGUUACCCUUCCUCACCACGCAGAAUGUGCUCUCCUACUGGCCCUUCGGGUCCUUCCUGUGCAGGCUGGUCAUGACGGUGGACGCGAUCAACCAGUUCACCAGCAUCUUCUGCCUGACCGUCAUGAGCAUAGACCGCUACCUGGCGGUCGUGCAUCCCAUCAAGUCCACCAAGUGGCGGCGGCCCAGGGUUGCCAAAGUGAUCAACGCCAGCGUGUGGAUCCUGUCUUUUCUCGUGGUGCUGCCGGUGAUCAUUUUCUCCGACGUACAAGACGGGCUCAACACCUGCAACAUCAACUGGCCCGACCCCAAUGCGGUAUGGUCUACCACCUUUAUCAUCUACACGUCUGUUUUGGGCUUUUUUGGGCCUUUGCUAGUGAUAUGUCUGUGCUACCUGCUGAUCGUGGUCAAGGUGAAGUCCUCAGGCGUGCGGGCUGGUUUCACCAAGCGGAGGAAGUCCGAGAGGAAAGUCACCAGAAUGGUGGUCAUCAUCGUCGUCGUGUUCGUCUGCUGCUGGCUCCCUUUUUACAUCCUCAACAUGGUCAACCUGGUCUUCAUUGUGCCUGAGAACAAUGUCAUGGCUGGGAUCUAUUUCUUUGUGGUGAUACUCUCCUACGCCAACAGCUGCGCCAACCCCUUACUCUAUGGCUUUCUCUCCGACAACUUCAAGCAGAGUUUCCGGAAGGUCCUGUGCAUCUACAAAGGCAACGGGGUCGAAGACGGUGACCCGAGCCUACCCCGGACGGAAAAGACAACCUUCCACGACUCGUUCCUCUCUCACAGAAACAAUGACUUCAACGGGCACAUGCAGACGAGCAAGGGUGUCCUUUUGGAGGCCUGCUGUAACUCUUUGGUCGAGGAUCAGCCCACAGCACCUGGUGUGAUUGGACAAUCAACGUUAUAAAAAGGGAACCCUCUGUUGCUUGAUGCCCGCUGAACAGAAGUCUGCCCCUUGCCCCUCCAUGCUCCCCCACCAGCUUCUUUCAUUAGGGUAUCUAGUCACCAGCCUCCCCUGGUGACCUCUGACCUCUGACCCCUGACCUCUGUCAGAGGUCACUCCCUCCCGAGUUUAAGGGCUGUUGGUGGUGAUGACAUGUGGACAAUGCCUUUACCUUGGGACGCAGUGUCAGCAUGCUUGAGCUCCACACUGCAUCCUAAUUUCUGUAGCUACUCAAUGACUGAACAAUGACGCUACUGUACAGUGUGGAAGACAUGAGAUAGAGUUUUCAGUAAGUGAUGUAACAGUUACAUUUGAUGUUGUUGGGAAAAAUACUUUUUUAAGGGUCGGCUCUUUCCUUUUGCAAAAAGGACAGUUAAGCAAAAACUCUGAGAGAAGUUAAUUGCCAUUCACUAAUGAACUAUAAUGUGAAAUGUAGAUUUAGCAACUGUGACAUUUUAAAAUCCUUUCUAUAUGACUAUUGUGCCAAAAGUCAUCACAUCUAGUAAUCUACAGAGGAUAGAUGGACCAUAUGCUAAACUUAAUCAGUGAAACCGUGCUUUUCUCUAUAUGGAGAUAUCACGCUUAGUAGUUUCCAAACCAUUUUUUAUAGGUAGCAUUUGAGAAAUAUUUUUAAAAAUCCUGUUAAUCAGGAAUUAACGCAUAAGGCAUAUCUUUCAGGUACCAAUCAAGUGUUACCUUGCAUUUGUCAAACACAUCUUUAGUGAUUUUUUUAAAAUCUCCCACAACUCCAUCUUCUGUCUCUUUGUGAUACUACUUUUGGAACUUUGCAGUACAAUUGGUAGUGUUUUAAAAAAGACAAUCUCAAUAGAAAUAUGCUUAAAAUAUUUGUGUUGCAUUUUGAUGAUCGAUAAAUGUAGUUAUUUUUAUAUAUGCAUGUACAGUAUUUAUGAUUUUGGGGAACAUCCAGUUUACCUAGAAGAUUGAGAAAAAUGAGAUUGGGAUAUGCUGUUCACGAUAAUCCUAAUACAUUGAUUCAGUUAGCUUCUGAAGUGAAGUGGCUGGUGUGUUCACAACCGCUCUGGUAUGAGGGGGAAUUCUUUAUAAUAAGACCCUUGUCAUGUCAUGUUUUGGUUAUAUUUCAGAAAUGUCAAAACAUUUUAAAAGACAGACUUAAGGUCAAAGAGAGCAAAAAAAAAUCAAGUAAUUUGGCCCUGAUGGAACACUAUAAACUCCCUGCAAAGUGAAGAAUAUGAAACUUGUGAAGCAUGUGUUAUUACUAUUCAGUAGUUUGGUCAAAUUCUAAUAACAGUGUGUAAAGGGAUAGCAAAUGUACUACUUUGGGAUUAACAUGCCUGGCUGAUGAAAUGACAGGUGAGGUUGAUGAUUACGGCUGUCACAACAACCCACACUUACGAGGAAUGAACCAGGGAGGCAGCUACACUGGUGAAGUUGGGGUGGAGGGAGUGGGGCAAGAAAAGAUGUGCGCAGAGUUGUAGGCACCCAGGGAGUGCUUAUGUGUAGGAGAGCAGACGGGUGAGACAACAAUUCGAUCUCCUGCGAAACAUAUGUUAAAUAACACCGUUAACAGAAACAGUACUUUUGGAGCAAAAAGAUUGCAGUUUUCUUAUCCUUUAUAGGGUCAAAUAAAGUAUUUAUUUUUCUAUUUUCAUUUUUUCUAGAAAUAUUUUUCGUUGGGUGGUGCAGUGGCGCAGUGGUUAGCAUUGCUGCCAUGCGGUGUUUGGUCCUGGGCUCGAUUCUGGGGUGCUAUCUGCUUGGUGUGCUCUCCCCAAGUUUGUGAGGGUUUCUUUCGGGUGCUCCGGUUUCCUCCCAAAGUACAAAGACAUUCUGGUAGGUUAUUUGGCUUCUGGGAAAGUUGUCCCCAGUG